CAGUCGGGCCGGAGGCAGUCGGGCCGGAGUUUAUCAGUAGGUUUUGGGGAGAUGCUGUCCCCACCGGCGAGAUGGAUCAGAGAGCAGCCUCUGAGCUCGGUAACCUCGUGUGUGAGGAGAGGGCUGUGCAGCAGGCGUCACUCUCUGUGGAUAUUACUAUUCCUGCUUGUGGUCUGCAUUGCCAUUCAGACAUUUGUUGCCCGUCAGGCCAGGACUGACAAGCUGACAGAACUUCCACAUCUGAGAUUCACCAUCAACAAGCAGCACCUGAUAUCUCCUCUGCAAAAUGUCUGGGAAAGCCCCCAUUCUGAGUCUUCACUGACAAUAGAGCCAGAUUUGAAGUCACUCCAGGCAGAAAGCACUUCACAUCUUCAACAUCAGAUUGAUGAAUAUGGAAAGACAUCUGAUUAUAUUCUGCCCAGACAUAUGAAUAAAAUUGUCAACCUUGCUACAGGCUCUCAAAUGGAGGCAAGAAAAGUUUCACCUAGAAAGCUGCUUCUACCAAAACAUGGAAACAAGCUGAGCUUUGGACUAUCUGGUUCUUUAGUCCUCAACAGUCCUAAGAGAAGUUUAGGUCUCAUCAACACCUCCACUCCAUCUGUUUUUUUAAAAGCUCACACUAAAGCAACCUGCCAGCCGAAGUCUCACAUUGUUUUCCUCAAGACACACAAAACCGCAAGCAGCACUAUUUUAAACAUUCUUUAUCGCUAUGGUGAAAGCAGGAACUUGACCUUUGCCCUUCCUCUGAACAAACACAGCCAGUUGUUUUACCCAUUCUUUUUUGCUUCACAUUUUGUGGAAGGUGUCAGCAGCAGAAGUGUGAGGGAGUUCCACAUCAUGUGCAACCACAUGAGGUUUAGAAAAUCUGAGGUGGCAAAGGUGAUGCCUGAGAAUACAUUUUACUUUUCUAUUCUGAGGCACCCUGUAGCCAUGAUGGAGUCCAUCUUUAUUUACUACAAGAGCAUCCCAGCCUUCCAUAAGACUCACAGCCUGGACAACUUCCUAGACACCAGCUGGAGAAACUACAACUCAUCAGUAACCAACAACCACUAUGCUCACAACAUAAUGGCUUUUGACUUUGGCUUUGACAACAAUGUUGCAGCUGAUGCUGAAGACCUGGAGGAGAGAGCAAGCAUGGCUAUUGCAGCCAUUGAACGAGACUUCCAUCUUAUUCUUAUUUCUGAAUACUUCGAUGAGUCCAUGAUCUUGCUCAAGCAUUCCCUCUGCUGGUCCUUUGAAGAUGUGGUUUCUUUUAAGCUCAACAGUCGCAGUGAACAAACUCGUCACACACUUUUACCAGACACUGCAGAGAAAGUCAAGAGGUGGAAUGCUUUAGACUGGAGGAUUUACUUGCACUUUAACACCACUUUCUGGCACAAAGUGAAUAGCCUGGUUGGGCAAGAGCAGAUGAAGAAGGAAGUAUCUCAGUUGAAAGAGCUACAGACCAAGCUAGCAAACACCUGCCUGAAAGAUGGUGGAGCAGUUGACCCUUCCCAGAUAAAAGAUGUCAGGCUAAAGCCAUUCCAGUAUGGAGCAGCUGUCAUUCAGGGCUAUAACCUGAACACACACAUAGACAAUCAAACCAAAACAAAAUGUCAGAGGCUUAUAACUCCAGAACUACAGUAUACAGACCGUCUGUACACCCUGCAGUUCCCUGAACUGGCUGAAAAGCAUAGACAAGCAACUAGAAUGGUUGCUCCACAGCCUCAACGCUCAGGCAGAUCCAGUAAGAUGACCUGGGCCCGGGAAGCUCAUCACAGGCGGAUCAUAAGACGCAAAUUCUCAAAUCUCAAGAACCAAAAAGCCUCCACAAGUGCUCUGUUAACACGUACUGAAGCUAACAACAAAUUAAGUACACUAUGAGUGGUAACUGUAUUAAUUAAUCAUAGGAAGAUGUUAUAUGUUCAUACCACAAGACAUAAAUACAGAUAUUUCAUCUAAUGUUCACUUUGUCACAACUUUGUCGUUUACAAACCACAAAAUGGGUUGUUGGAAGUUGUUAAGCUACAGGAAUUGUCACAGUGUCAACUAAACUGAAAGAUUUCAUUCUGUUAAGUUACUUUGUUAAGUUGUUAAGUUUGCUUAGUUAUAUUUAAAGUUUUGUGGAAAUCAGCCAAAUGUGGAAAUCUGAUAGUAGCACAAGUGUCAAAUGAGACAAAGCAUUCUUCAGAAUUCUGUUAUACCACCUCCACGAUUAAGGUUAGGUUUAGUUUAGGUAAAAAUUAGAAAAUGAGAGUGGUGGAAGAGGAGAUGCAAGCUAUGGUAGGAUGCUGUGGUUUUAAAGUGAGACACUUCCAACCAGUUCACAUGAACCUUUAUUUACCUAUGACCUCCUGUCUGAGUGAUAAGUGACAAGCCUAGCUUGAGAAAAGAAGAAAUAAAGAAAAAGUAUGGGGCAAAGAUCUUAAUUUCUUUUCAUUACAGAGGUGUUAUUGUUCAUAUUGUUAGAAAACCAAAAGUUAACUGGAUUUAAUUUAUGUUUUCAGAGUUCUUUAAUUAAGUAUUGAAAAUAAAGCAAUUUGAUCACAGCAUUUGAAUGAUGUUCAACAAAGGACAUCUAAUGAUUUAUGAUGAUAUUAUGACUUCUGUGAAAUAUACUGUAUAUGUUAUAUUUUCUUUUAUUCGAUAUGCUGAAUUUGAGUUGCUAUAGGUUGUGUGUACGGCUAAGAGAAUGGUCACUGCUCUUAGUCCAAAAACCUGCACCUGUUGUACCAGCUGAAUACCACCUAAAGUUUGAUCAAAAAUCGGAGCUCUAAUGCAUUCUAACUACUUGCUACUUGAACUACAUUUUGUCAGUGCAGCAUUCAGGCAGGCUAACGAAUGGCAGAGACCUACAAUAGACUGUGCAAGUAACAAGGAGAACAUAAUGUAUGUGGUCUUGUGUGAACUAAAUAAUAAUGAUGAUAUUGAUUAUAUGAAAAUCUUUUAACCAUUUAAAUUAUUCAUUCUAUCAUUUUACAACUGGCUCAGAGAUACUUUUUUUUCUUACACAGAUAAAAAUGUUUGUAACACACAGAAAUAUGGUCAUAAAUAAAAACACCAACAGUCUUGUUAGAGCAACAAAGCAGUGACAGCAGCAUUGAUGUUCUGAAGUGGAUAAAAUCCCAGCAUGGUUAGAAAUGUAGAUCCCUCGUAUAACUAACACAAACUAACAUGUAGCUAGUAUAACUUGCUGCCGUUCCCAGCAUCAGACAGCUCUUAAUUCAAAAAGCUGUAAAAUGACUAUGUGACCAUGUGUAGCAGGCGUUUAGGUGGUCAUUACUAACUAGUAAAGAUAUAUUAAUGGGAUGGGUAAAGAAAAAAGAAUCAAGAAGCACCUGAAUGCACUUUUAGUUUGGUCUCCGUGAGACUUCAGUCUUGUAAAGGAUGCAUCCUCAUGUGCUGCCGAUUCAUAAAGAGUGAACAUUUCUCUUCUUUCGAAGUUGAUAUUUUCAUUUCCCUUCUUGGUUUUGUUUCUACUUGUGCAAAAUAAA